CUCUCGAAACGACAUAAAUACCCCUUAAUCUUGCUUCUUUUCUUUCCUUGCCCAUGAAACCCACCACUUUCGGAAGACCCAUUUUGGUAAUUCACUACUAUAUGCAAAUGGCAUAAAGCCCAUGAUGCACAUGUAAUGGGUUAGUUUUUACUGACACAUUAUCUUCUUCGUUUUCCUACCCAUUUCUCCCCCCUCACCGUUUUCUCUAUCUCUCAGUCAGUCAUGGAGCUCCGCCUCCGGAGAAAUCUUCCGGUAGAAGCUUUUAUGUUGUUUUUAGUGGUUCUGUUGAGGAACUCAGUUGUCGGUGCCAUUACCAGUAAACACCCAUGUGAUUUUCCGGCGAUCUUCAACUUUGGAGACUCCAAUUCCGACACUGGUGGCUUAUCGGCGGCGUUUGGGCAGGCCGGACCACCCCAUGGAGAGUCAUUUUUCCAUGGUCCGGCCGGUAGGUACUGUGAUGGCCGGCUUAUUAUCGAUUUUAUAGCUGAAAGCUUCGAGCUGCCAUACUUGAGUGCAUACUUAGAUGCACUUGGCUCGAACUUCACCCAAGGAGCCAAUUUUGCCACAGCUGGUUCGACCAUUAGGCCACAAAACACAACCCUCCACCAAAGUGGGUUCAGUCCUUUUUCUUUAAAUGUUCAAGGGUAUCAAUUUAAUGAUUUCCAUCGUAGGGUACAAAAUUUUCGCACCAAAAAAGUUGAUGAAGUAUUUAAGCGUUUGAUGCCCAAAACUGAAGACUUUUCACGUGCUUUGUAUACAUUUGAUAUCGGGCAAAAUGACUUGACUGCUGGCUUAUUCCAAAACUUAACUCUUAGACAAGUUAGGGAUUCCGUACCAGAUAUAGUAGGUCAAUUCAAAACUGUGAUCAAGGAUAUCUAUAAUCAAGGAGGAAGAACGUUUUGGAUACACAAUACUGGUCCAUUUGGGUGUCUACCAUACAUCCUCGAUCGUCAACCGGUCACAACUGGACAAGUGGACAAAUAUGGAUGUGUGGGCCCAUUUAACGAACUCGCUCGAUAUUUUAACCUUCGGUUAAAACAAACUGUAGAUCAACUACGUGAGCAUCUACCAAAAGCAACAAUCACAUAUGUUGAUAUCUAUUCAGUCAAAUAUGCACUCAUUACCCAAAGCAUCAAUCACUUACGGUUUAAACAUGCAUUGAGAGCUUGUUGUGGUCAUGGAGGAAAGUACAACUACAAUGUGCAUAUUGGGUGUGGUGGAAAGAUCAAAAUCAACGGUACGGAUAUCUUGGUGGGUAAAGCUUGCGCAGAUCCAACGGCUGCAAUAAAUUGGGAUGGGGUACAUUACACUCAAGCAGCCAAUAAAUGGGUAUUUGAUCAAAUUGUAAAUGGGUCAUUUUCUGACCCGCCAAUCCCGUUAGGAUUGGCCUGCCGUAGACAACAUUAAGGUAGUAUUUGCAUUUGAUAUCCAAAUUUGUUAUAGGUAGGGUUCUUAGUGGAAAUUAUUCAAAUUCUAAGUUUUAGGUACUUGAAUCAAACAUGCUUUAUUUUUAUUAUAUUUAUUGAAUAUAGAUGGUGCUUAUAGUCGGUUUUUUUUUAA